AUGGUGGACUCGUACCUCACAUUCGAACCCUCAUUCUGGGAAUUACAAGACAACACACUCUUCGAAUCCACUGAUAAAGUUGUUGUACUCGGCAAAGAGUUCAAUAAAAGAGCAGGGCUUGAACCGCUGAAGAAGUAUGUCACGUCGCGAUUUUGGUUCACAUAUAGGAGGAACUUCGCACCCAUAGGUGAGUUAUCUCUCGGCAAGAGCCAAAGUUCGUUACAUUUCUUGACCCUUCUUAACAUAGUGAUUAAUGAAAUUUUUUUGGAGUGUCCAGGGCACGUCAUCGGCAUGAAUUAA